UAGUAACGCGCUUGCAGUGGGCGCCGUAGAGAGAUCUCUAUGGUGGGCGCUCCAUUAAAACCGUUGGCGCUCCUGACCUUGGCGUCGUGAAUGCGCAAAGCGCACAGGCUGUGCAAAGCAGCAGAUAAGAGCGAAGAUCCGUGUGUUUGAUACCGAAACCGGAGGAAUAUCCUGCACAGAUCAUUUUGUCUUAUGGCACGAUUAACAGGCACGGGAGAGGAAAUCUUGGGAUGGAGCGCCUUUCAGCCUCAGUAGGAGCAGAUCUGUAGGCAGUGCCAUGAAAAGAGGGAGUGGUGUCGACCCGUUCUUGGCUGAAGUGUUUUUGGAUUUGAAAACUGUUGGAUCUAAAGGUGCAGUGAGUGAUGUGUGUUUGACAGGCUCAGUGCAAAGAGGCUAAACAGACACUAGAGUGUGCUUUUGUGUUGUGCAACGGCACCAUCUCGUCCAGACCAUGUGGCUGGCUACGUUUAGAGUCCAUCUGUUGCCUGCACACCUGCUUCAUCAGCAAGGGACUGCAACCAUCGCUCACUGUGCUCUUCUAUGGUGGAUGUUAUGCUCCCACUGGUCACUGACCAUAGCCACAAGCCAGAAGUUUUACCCAACCGUCACCACCCAGUUUGGGAAACUGCGAGGCCUCAGGGUUCCAGUUCCCAGUGAGGUCCUCAGACCUGUUGAUCAGUACCUGGGAGUCCCCUAUGCGGCCCCGCCUGUGGGUGAAAAGCGUUUCAUGCCCCCGGACCAGCCCUCCCCUUGGACAGGGGUCAGGAAUGCUACCCACUUCAUGCCUGUGUGCCCCCAGAACAUCCACAACACGGUGCCAGAGAUCAUGAUGCCCAUAUGGUUCACCUAUAACCUGGACACAGUUGCUACGUACAUUCAAGAUCAGAGUGAGGACUGUUUGUAUCUGAACAUCUACGCUCCAACACAGGAUGGGAGCCAACUCAAGAAAAAGGGGGCAUCUUUCUCACAUGCUGAGACUCAUAUAUCUGAAGACAUACGGGACUCUGAAGCUCGACCUGUGAUGGUUUACAUCCACGGAGGAUCCUACAUGGAGGGCACUGGGAACAUGAUGGACGGCAGCAUUUUGGCCAGCUAUGGAAAUGUUGUUGUUGUCACGCUCAACUACAGAAUUGGAAUAUUAGGCUUCCUCAGUACAGGAGACCAGGCAGCCAAAGGAAACUAUGGACUCCUGGAUCAGAUUCAAGCACUGCGCUGGAUUAGUAAAAACAUCGGUUACUUUGGAGGAGAUCCGGGUCGCAUCACCGUUUUUGGUUCUGGGAUCGGCGCUUCAUGUGUCAGCCUGCUGACGCUGUCCCACCACUCAGAGGGUCUGUUUCAUAGAGCCAUCAUCCAAAGUGGAUCAGCACUGUCCAGCUGGGCUGUGAACUACCACCCAGUCAAGUACACCCGCAUGCUCGCCGAGAGGGUUGGAUGCAACGUGUUGGACACGGUAGACAUGGUGUCCUGCCUGCAGAAGAAGAGUGCCAAGGAGCUUGUGGAGCAAGACAUCCAGGCUGCCCGCUACCGUGUGGCCUUUGGCCCCGUGAUCGAUGGAGACGUCAUCCCAGAUGACCCUGAGAUCCUGAUGGAACAGGGAGAGUUCCUCAACUAUGACAUUAUGCUGGGUGUCAAUCAGGGCGAAGGGCUGCGCUUCGUGGAGAACUUGAUGGACCUGGAGGACGGUGUGUCUGGCAACGACUUUGACUUUGCAGUGUCAGACUUUGUGGACAGUUUGUAUGGCUACCCAGAGGGGAAGGACACUCUCAGAGAGACGAUUAAAUUCAUGUACACAGACUGGGCAGACAAGGACAACCCAGAGACCAGGAGGAAGACCCUGGUUGCCCUCUUCACCGACCACCAAUGGGUGGAGCCAUCGGUGGUAACGGCAGACCUACACGCCCGCUACGGCUCGCCCACAUACUUCUACGCCUUCUACCACCACUGCCAGAGCCUUAUGAAACCUGUGUGGUCGGACUCAGCGCAUGGAGAUGAGGUGCCAUAUGUAUUUGGCAUCCCCAUGGUGGGUCCAACGGAUCUGUUCCCCUGUAACUUCUCCAGGAAUGACAUCAUGCUCAGCGCUGUGGUUAUGACAUACUGGACCAACUUUGCAAAAAGCGGAGAUCCUAACAAACCAGUGCCACAGGACACCAAGUUCAUCCACACCAAGGCCAACCGAUUUGAGGAGGUCGCCUGGUCCAAGUAUGACCCCUACGACCAGAUGUACCUGCACAUUGGACUGAAGCCUCGUGUCCGCGACCACUACCGUGCCACCAAAGUGGCCUUCUGGAAGCACCUGGUGCCCCAUCUCUACAACCUCCACGAUAUGUUCCAUUAUUCCUCCACCACCACCAAAGUCACCCCUCUGGAUCCCACCCAGUCAAAUGGAAAGAGGCCUGGCAGCACUGGACGGCCUCCCGUAUCUACGUCCCAUGGCGGAGGCAAAGGAGGGAGAGAAAUGGGUCCUCUGAUCAUGCCAAACCCCAGAGAUUACUCCACAGAGCUCAGCGUCACCAUCGCCGUCGGGGCAUCGCUGCUCUUCCUCAACGUCCUGGCUUUCGCCGCUCUGUACUACCGCAAGGACAAGCGCAGUCGCCAGGAAACGUCCCAGCAGCCCAGUCCCCAGCGUGAAAGCAAAGGUAACAAUGCGAGCCACACCAACACAGUCGAUGAAACCCUGUCAUCCCAGCAAAGGAGCCCAUGCGACGCCCUUCACAAUCCUCUUCAUGCCUCGCCUAGCUACUCUCUGAGCCAGCGCCGCUCCCCUGAUGACAUCCCUCUGAUGACCCCCAACAACAUCACCAUGAUCCCCAAUUCCCUAAUGGGCCUCUCCAACAUGAGUCCAUACAGCACCUUCCCUGCUGGCUACAGCUCCGCCGGCCUGCCCAGCACCCACUCAACCACUCGAGUAUAGCCUGGAGAUUAGAAAUGUGACAUGAAAUAUAAAGCUGUAUUUAGGAUGUGUAAGUAAAAUAGGAUCAAAUAUGUUUGUUCUGUCAUAUCCAGAGGUGUACGACCACCCACAUCCUGCCUUUGCUCUCUCAUGAUAGGAAAUCUAACUGCAGAGCCAUUUUAUAAUAAUCAUUUUCAAAGGCAGUCCAAAAAAAAAAGUGCAUUUCAUUUUCCACUUUGGCUUUUUGGAACUUUACCUAGCAAGAACUUAGUAUAAUGUUUAUACAGUUGGAUUUGUAUGGGAAGCUUUUUCUUACUCUGUGAUAUCUAUUUUGCUCUCGUGGAACAAAGUGACAUUACAACUCGUGCUGGACGGGGAUGAGCUCUGGGGAAAAGCAGUAUUAUUAUUAUUAUCGUCAUUAUUAUUACUAUUAUCAAGCUGUUUUAUACACAUUUCUCACAUCAUAUGGCUUAUUAUGAAAAGUAUUUUUACUGUAAUUACUUUAAAUGCUUUGUACAUCGCUUACAUGAGGAAUAUUACAGUGGAACUCAUAAAAGGGAUGAAAGUUUCGCUCAAGUAUUGAUCACUGAUGAAAAAUGUCCAACUUAUCCAAAAUGUUUCUAACUGGUAGUGCAACUACAGCACCUGUGUGUGUGUGUGUGUGUGUGUGUGUGUGUGUGUGUGUGUGUGUGUGUGUGUGUGUGUGUGUGUGUGUGUGUGUGUGUGUGUGUGUGUGUGUGUGUGUGUGUGUGUGUGUGUGAGCAUUCAUGUACAUGCAUGUGUGUGUGCAUUUGUGUGUGUGUGUGUGUUUGUGAGUGCAUGUAUGUGUGUGAUUUGUGUGUGAGUGUGCAUGCAUGCAUGCGUGUCUGCAAUUGUGUGUGUGUGUGUGUGUGUGUGUGAGAGCAUAUGUGUGUGUGUGUUUGUGAGUGCAUGUAUGUGUGUGAAUUUGUGUGUGUGUGUGCAUGCAUGCAUGUGUUUCUGCAAUUGUGUGUGUUUGAGUGUGCGUGCAUGCAAGUGUGUGUGUGCGUGAGUGUGUGCACUUGUGUGCGUGCGUGUGUGUGUGUGUGUGUUUGUGCUGAAGACUGUGGCACAGAAAUGUAAAUUAGACAUUGUAUGAACUUAUUAAGUUUUGCAUCUGUAGUGUUGUGUGAUUUAUUGUAGUCUACUUGAGUAUCCUUGCUAUACUUUUGGCUAUGUAUUUUGAGUUUCGCUGAGUACACUGUAAGAAUUUAACUUCUGCUUCACUAUAAACAAAAUAUUGCUUAAAACGUGUUUUUCUACUCUAACUCAUCCUUCUUUUGGCUUGGCUUGUUUGUACAGAAUAAACUUAGACCAAUAUUUUUUUGUUGUUUGUUUUUGAAUACUGUAAGUUCUUCAGAGGGAUGACUGUAACGACUGUAUGUAAAUCACUCCAGUUAUUCACGGCUAAGAAGGAGCUUGAUGACUCUUGCAGAACUUUACGCCAUCCACAACUGGUUUGGACCCGACGUGGUGGUUGUUCAACGAAUGAACAUGAUGGGCUUAGAGCUUUGAAAUUUUUAUUUCUUUCAACCCAUCAUAACAUUGUUUAAUCUAAAUGAAAAAGCUAUUAAAAGAUUUUUGAAACUAAAGGCCA